AACCAACAAGUCACAUUAUACGUGGACGUGUAAGCAGAACCAUCAAGUCACAAUAUACGUGGACGUGUAAGCAGAACCAACAAGUCACACUAUACGUGGACGUAAAAGCUGAACCAACAAGUCACAUUAUAGGUGGACGUACAAGCAGAACCAACAACCAAUCACCUCACCACCUCCACCCAGCGGACGCGCCUGGUAACAU